AUGUCCGACGCGGAUUACGCUGCCUUCCUGGACAAGGCUAACCAGGAUCCCAACGAGGGCUACGCAAAGCCUGCGGCUACCAAGAAGGGAGAGUUCAAGGCGCAGGACGAGGGUGUGGAGGUGCCCAAGGCGAUUCAGGAUGUGUUGAAGGAGGACAAGGUGUAUGUGUCUGAUGCGGACGAGCCGUUUGUCGGCGUUGCGCUGGCGUGGGAUGAGGGCGGCAAGGGACUGCCUGAUGAAGUCGAGUUCGCGCAGCUUAUCCAGCACCCUGAUCCCGAGAAUGCCGACGUCGAGCUCCAGGACCCCGUCGACUGGGACGCGAACGGCGACUACAAGGACAUCAUCGAGGCGGUGCGCAAGGCGGGCAAGGGCAACGACGUGAGGGUCUAUGUGGUGCCCAAGGGCGGAGUGAGGACGGAAUACUGGCUUGUUACGACGGAGGGCAAGGGUAAGGGGGCGAAGCUGGUUGGUGUGAAGGCUCUGUCUGUUGAGAGCUAG